AGCUCAGGAUAUCCUGUGCUCUUGUGAUCCUAUGAAAUAAAGGAAGGAAAUCACCUCUAACCCCGGGUCUGGAGUCCAGAGAGCUCUCCUUAGGGGGGCAGUAAGUCUGGCUGGCAGUGCUUUAGCAGGAGCUCCCCUGGCAGCUGCAUUUGGACACUUUCAGAAGCAGGGGAGGACCCUACAUCUUCCUGCUGCUGGAGGAGGUCCAGGAGCCCUUCCCCUCUCUGCCUGGAGCUGCCAGGCUGGCUGUGCUGGAUGGCAACUUCAGGGUAUUCCAGGGGCAAAUCCACAUUUGGCAACCCUAAAUUCCUCAUUUUUCUGCUUUUUUGAGGUCAGUGCACAGUUCCUGAUCUUUAUUAAAUCUGGAUCUGUUUUAAUGGCAGAUCCAGCCCAGUGAACUGCUGGCAGUCCCUCCAUCCCUUUCCUGCCAUCCCCACCUCUGGGCUCCUGCUGUUUUCUCCCACCCUGGAGCCCAGCUGACCCCGGAGCAGGCAGAAUUUGGUGACCCUGCAGAAAAUGCAGCAGUUCCUGGCCCGUGGGGCAGCUCGUGGGAGGUGUGAGCAGCAGGAUGGGGUAUCCCAGGGCUGUCCUGCUGCUGUGGGGCAGGACCACCCUGCAGUGUCCCCUGGAGGUGACAGAUGACCGUGUAAACAUAAUGCAGCUCCUUUCCCUUCUCUCUCACAUUAAACCUGCUCUGUUUUCCCUCUUUGCCUCUGUUUUCCUCCUCUGGAAUCUCUUUCCCCUUUAUCUCUCUUCACUAGCUCUUGCAUUAAUGCAUAAUGGGAGAGACAAGGCAAGAACCUGCUGAUCCCAGCUGAGGUCUUGGCUUUAAAGUCUUAAAGAAAAUAAUAUUGAGAACCCUCCAGAUCAAUGUUCUGCUGAAAAAGUUUUCCCAAACUAAUCCAAGGAAGGAGCACAGUGUAAUGUUUCUUUGAGGUUGAAAGGAGAAAGUGCUAAUUUCAUGCAGAAAAGAUUGUAUCUUGGACUAGCAUAGGAAUAGAAAAUAAAUUGGUAUUAAAUUACAUUCGUCUGCCUCAAAAUAAUCUAAUAAAGCAUCUUCUGGAUCAAUAGCUGAAUCAUUAUCCCAGGCACAUAGCGAGCUUUGCCUCUUUUAAUUUGAGAUUAAAGAAAAGAGGUUUUUGCAUUACCAUAGUAAAAAGAAUAAUACUUUAAUUCUUCAUAAGAAAAAGGCAGAAGUUGGAAAAAAAAAGAUAAGAACCACACUCAGUGCCUUAAGCAAGUGUCAUUCUUCAUUUGAAACUUGUAAUUUAUGGGUAGUGUGAAAUAAAUUUUUAUAUUUAAUGACUGUCAAUCUGUCAGCUCUGCUGACAAAAAAAAUCCAACAACGCAGAGUGAAAGGACUUUGUGUGCAGGAAGGGAGGAGAAGGGCAAGACAAGGCUUUCACCAACUUUGUUCUCCUAAUUAAGGCUCACUAGUGAAAAAAAAUAGGAAAAAGAUGGCACAGUUCUCCCCUGAAAAUGCAGUUUCAUCAAAAGAAAAUGAGAUGUGCCAGUGUUGGCUGCAGUGUGCACAGUCCAAACAAGGCUGAUGUGGGGAGAAACUGCAACCACAUGCAGAUUGUGGUCAAAAAAGCUGGAAUCACAGGGUGUGGAUUCCAAAUACUGCAAAGGAGCUCAGUUUAUCAAAGCAUGGAGUAAAUACAGAGAGAACAUGGUCAGAAUAGGCAAAAGCAGACUAAAUGUGUGUGUCUGGUCAUUUAAAGCAGCGAGACUUCAAAUAGGUGCUGGAGGAUGACCUCAGAAAUGACAUGAAGAAUGAGGUUAUUCCUGAGGCUGGGAUAGGUGGGUGGGCACUCUCAGCAUGGGACAGUCCUCAAAUUUCUAUCUUGAAAAAGCAGAUUUUUUUCAUUUCCCUGCAGUCAGUCUGCCUGUAAUAUAUUCAUUAAUGCAGCAGGUGGAACAGGGAGUACAAUGUAAGUCCAGGGCACCAAGCUGGGAAGAGAUACAAACAGUACAGGGCACUGAAUCACAAUUCCAAAUGAUCUUGAUAAGUGGGAGAAAUGAUCUGAAACCAAUAGCCUGAGCCUCCCUGCAGGGAGGAGUAAGUGAGAAAGGUGAAAUCAAAUACAUCAGCUUGGAGCAACCCAUGAGCAGCUGCACAGCACUGCAAGAUUUUGGGAAAAUGGGCUGGGGGGAUCCCCCCAGAGGCAGCAGAUGUGGUAAAGGAGGGCAAGGCCAGGCUGGGUAGGGCUUAGAGCAGCCUGGGCUGGUGGAAGGGUGGAAUCAGACGGGAUUUAAAGUCCUUCCUACUCAAACCAUGCUGGCAUUCCAGCCUCUGGUGAUCCCAGCACUCCUCUGAAAUGAGCAGGAGGUUGCUGCUGAAGGUGCUGAUGCCAAGACCGCUUGUGUCUUGCCAAACAAGAGGGGUUCAGGGGCUGUGCUGUAGCUUGUUAUCCUCGUUAUCCUCUCUGCUUUCAAGUUUUGUCCCACAGGGAUUUGCCUGGAGCAAUUUCCUGCAGAGAGCUGGCAGUGCUCGUGGCUUCUCGUGUUCCCUGUCAGCAUUUCUGUGUGGGUGAGGAGCAGACAAAGCCAAAACUUUUGAUGUGGAGCAUCUGCAAAAGAACUCAAAGCUUCCCAUGGCCCUGUCUUGGGUGGGGAUUGGAGCUGGGCCUUGAGCUGGUGACAGAUUGAUGGGAUUUUUCCCAGUGCCUGGAUGGUGUUGCUAGUUUCCAGUGGAACAGGAUCCCAUGAGUGGCUUUGGAGUUGUUCCUGUUGUCUGUGGAGCCACGUGAUGGGAUGAACUCACAGCUCUGGAGCAGGCAGGGCUGCAGAACCCAUCCCUCCAGAAGAGCAGCCUUUGCUCCAGGAAGCACACACAGACACUGCAAGAGCUGAUUUUUCCUUUUCUUUCAACCUUCCACCUCUGGAUUUGCUUUGUUCCAACCCUCCGUGGAUCCUGCAGCUUUUGGGCAGCUCUGACACCACCAUUCCCAGGCAAAGGAAUUUGGUUUUCAUGGUGUCUCAGCAUUGCCAGGCAAACAACUCCAGCACGUGCAGCACUCUGGAGGACCCAUCUGAUUGUGCCUGAGCCUUCUGCUUUUCUUCUGGAGCUGCUGGAGUGGAAAAUUGCUCCACAUCAGCAGAGCCUGGUUUGGGGAGGGCUACAGCUCCUGCCCUGCCUGUCAUCCCUGCUCCUGAGUGCUUUCCAUGACCCUUUGAUGAACAGUGACCUUGAGAUCUGUGUUUGCCUCUUCUGAUGUCUUCAGCCCUGUCUUGAAACACUCACAGGAACUGAUGUGGUGCAACCUGGGGAUUUGUAGUUCCUGAAUCCUGCCUGGCUGAUCCUAGAGGAGGAGGAGGAGGAGGAAGGGGUGAGCCUCCUGUCUGUGCCACUCUUCAGCUCUUCCCAUUCCUCAGGCUCCAGCUCCAGCUCUGGACCCCCACCCUGCUGAAGGGCUUGAAAAUGCCUCGUGGCUCAGGGGAAGCAGGAUGGCCAGGAAGGCAGCAGUGGGAGUGAGGGUUUCACAAUCUGCUCCCCACUCAGCUGCUGUGGGGCUGCUUGCUGCUUCCCAGCAGGGAGAGACAGAAAUGCUGAAUUAGAGAGAGAAAUGCUGAAUUUCUGACCAGAAACACAGAAUCCUUCAAGGAGACACACCUUCAGCAUGGCCCAGAAAAGCCAGACUGGUGGAACUGAGAAAAAUGGGUCCUCCCUCCUGUACAGCAAGAGUGAUUUCAAGGAAGGAGCCCUGCAGUGGGUGCCAGAACCCCCCCAAGGCCGGGUGCUGCUGGUGCUCAGCAUGGACAACACCUGCCCCAGCUCCUCCUUCGACAUGGACCUUUGUGCUGACAAACUGCAGUCCCUCGGCGUCCAGGUGCCGAUGGAUCUGUGGAGAAGGCUGAUCCAGGAGGGUGUGCUGAGCCCCCAAGUGAGGAGGUACCUGUUCUACAGCUCCAGGGGCUUCCAGAUUGCCAUGGCCAUGGUUUUCUACAUCUCUCUCUGGACAAACCUUUACUCCACGCUCCAGCUGUGUUCCCUGGGCCACUCCUGGGGGGCUGGCGUGCUGGUGACACUGGUGGCCCUGGCUCUCACUGUCCUGGUGAUCCUGGUCAUUAAUGGGAACCAGAGGAAGCUAAACGUGAACACAGAUGUGAGGCUGGCAGCUGUCAAUGAAAUCUUUAUCAAACACAGCAUAAUCCUGGGGAUUACAGAUGUCCUGGAUGGGCCAUACAACAUCCUACAACUGUGCUUUGUGCACUUCAGCCCCGAGCACUGCCUCCAGGCCCUGGCAGCCCACAUCACUCACCUGCAGGGGACACAGGGAGGCUUGAGGCAGAGGCUGAACAAGCUCUGGGUGGUCAUGGAUGUGGCAGUUCAGCCCGAGCUGGGGGUGGAGGAGGAGGCUCCAUGUGAAGAAUCUCCUCUUUUAUCCAGAGGGGUGACCCUGAAUAAAGAUCCUGUGACCUGCAGUGAGCUCCUGCACCUCAUCCCUGAGGGCCCACCCCAGGCCAUGGCCCAGCAGCUGCUGGUGAUCUUCAGCGCGUGCUACGUGCGGCUCCUGGUGACGGGCCGGCUCCCUCGGGCCAGCCCAGGGGGACACCUCGGUCACAGCAGCGUCCCCUGCCUCUGCCAGUUCAUCCAGAGCACGCUGCUCUGCUGCUGAGUCAGGAAUGACACGUGUCACCCUGUUCUUCUAAGCCUUCUGGUGUUUACAUUUUCGUAAUGGAGGUUCUCACGCACUGUCACCACGAUAUUUUCUGGAAAAUCCCUUCGCCAGAAUUUUUCUUCUGAGAAGCCCCAGAAAAGAAAUGUAAACAAUAAUUAUCUGAUUGCUUGGAAUGUGGCCUGGAGGUUGCUUACCAACCUUUGCAUCUUUGAUUGGUUCUAUGUGAAUUGUUUUUAAUUAAUGACCAAUCCCAGUCCAGCUGUGUCAGACACUCUGGUCAGUCAUAGGUUUUUAUUAUUCAUUCUUGUCUUGCCUUCUGAUGUCUCCUUUCUCCUUCUUUAGUACAGUUUUAGUAUAUAAUUUAUUUUAAUAUAAUAUCAUAAAAUAAUAAAUCAGCCUUCUGAGAAAUUGGAGUCAUCUCACCUCAUCCUGGGGACCCUUACACCACCACAACAACACACUUUUAUGUAAAUAAUGAUUAUUUUGCAUUCUUUUCUUGAAAAGGAGAGAACUGAUAGACUGUUAGUUUAACCAGUGUCAUUAGAGAAGUAACAAUUUCAUCCUCCAAUCCAGGGUCACUUUUGAAAUUCUAUAUAUAUUGAAGUCGAGAAAUAAACUUUCUUUUUACCUUAGAAA